AUGGAGACAAAGUGCAUCACGAAGACCGAUAAAACCAUAAUCAUAUCCAGAAAAUAUGAAAUAAGCUCUAUUUCCUCUGCACGAAGGAAAGAAUGGCCUCCUGCAAGUCUGUUUCGGACUGUCACUUCUCGUUGCCGGCCCUUCUUUAUUAUUUGUGGAAAAGUCUGCACGUCUACAUCUGGAAUUGCUCAAAGGUCACUAUUGGUUGCAUGGAAUAGACUCAUUCCUGUUACCUCGGAGUACCAGGGAGAAUCUUAUGAAUCCUUAUGCGCUGUAAAUAGAACGUUCUCAGGAGUAGAACAGCUGCUAUUCAACCAGCAGCUGAUCGAUGAUCAUCAGCCAGAGGCACACAGCUCAUUGGUCCCUGCUGCUCUAGCGAAACGUCUAGAAGCAGUGCAGCCUCCCUGCAUGGUAGCUGAGGCUGAUUCCAGAGUGAGCCCAGCAGGACCAGAACUACCCAAUUACAGUCCACCGAGUCUGGAAGCAGACGAUCCUCCUUCGGGCUCAUGGUCAGGAGGCCGGAGGAGCGUCCGCUGCAUCAGAAUGUCUAGUCGCUCACCUCGCUCCGUCUCCUCACGUGGGCAGGGCAUGGUCGCGCAUCCCCACCAGAAGGAUGGAUCUGAGAACGCUGUCUGGGCUUGGUGCCAAGCGCUGGUAUUUCAUAGCAGCGACCGCCUCACAGACGAGCUGUGGGAAGCAGGAGGGAGACUCUCUCUUAGGGUGCCACUACUAUGGAGACACAGCUGGGCUGAACAAGAUUUGCUUCAAACGACAACAAGAGAGACAGAAAGUAUUUGGUUCAACCGCUGCCCAAGCAGGCAGGCACCAGAAGAGCUAGCAGCCAAUCCGGCCAUGCUCGAAGCCAGCUCUGCGGCUCAGCCAAUCAGUGACAUCACUGGCUAUCGAGGAUUACAAUGGCCCUAUAAAGAGAUGACGCAGACAAAGCAGGCAUCCUUGAAGAUUAAUAAGAGACCUAUUCAGGCACCUAUAAAGGGAAAAACUUAAAAUGGAUAUGAGAAGUGAAGAAGGUGAUCAUAGGAGAAAAUCAUCUCAGAUCAACCACUUCAGAAGAACCAGAAUCUACUUCUGUGGCCAGGACUGUUAUGUUAUGGCUGGUCCGAUUGUUAUACCCUGCGUUCUAUGCUACUAAACCUUGGAUCAUUCCUAAAGUACCAAUUCUGUUCUUGAACCACAAACAAGGCUAAAAGAGCGGAGGAAAUUCAGUGAAUAUACAGGAUUGGGAUUGUGUAUUUUCAAAAGUAUUGAGCUUUAUAAUGCAAUUAUUUAAGAAAUAGAAUCUUUUUUUUUUCUUCUCAUGUUGCCAGCAUUUUAAGUUACAUGUUUAUUGAGUGGCAUUGCUCAAAUAGCUACAGAGUAUGCAUGGAAAUAUUUGGUGUCUGAAUAGUUUGGAGAUUCAGAGAGAAAAAUCAAGCUUCGGAGGUAUUAAAUUAUGACAUGCAAAAAAGUUUUUGUUUUAUUCUUAACUGCAGCAGUAUAUAUUGAAAUCAGAUUUAAAGUGUUAUGUGUCCUUGGCCCACCUUAACAGUUGUACUGUAUAGAAGUGUAAUGGGAAGCAAAAUUUCAAUUAGGGUCCCAUUAACUGGCAUAUAAUCCUUCUUUAAUGUAAUAGAGGCUAUGGUGUUGCUGUACAAAUCUGCUGGAAACCGAUUUUAACCCAUUUUUAGUCUCUUUCUUUGGAGCUGAUGGAAUGACUCUUAACUGUUCAUUGUCUGCAUUGUUUCUCAUAUUCUUCAUUAUUUUAAGGUCUGGAAUUAGUCUAUAAGUGGUCGUUGUGAAUAUUCAGCUAAUCCUAACUUUUAUAUAUCAUAUCUCUUUCUACAUAUGUAUUUUAAUUAGUAUUUAGAGGAAAAAGUUUAACUGAACCCAACUGUGAUUUCUAAGCUAGCCUUAUUACUGGAAGAAGAAUUCUACCGCAUCAAACCAGACUUUUCCUAGUCCCUGAGACCCUAACUUGUGAGGUAUUUUAGGAACAUCACAAGUCAGGCUCUUGGGACCUAGGCGGAGGGGAACCAGCAGCUUUGGACCUUAUUGAUUGUCUGCAGUUACCACCAGAACAAAAGAACAUACAUAGAUUCUGCCUAGGAGAAAAGAACAAUGCUCUUCUUUAUAAAUCAGCAAUGUCUUCAUCAUGACCCACCCCCAAAAAUACUAUUUUCAGAAACUGUACUCAAAAGUGAUUACUGAGUUGCACUGAAUAGCAUUUGUAUGAUAUUAAAACAACCCUAUAAAAACAGUGUAAGAUAACUGUGUAAGAAGCAAAGUUAAAAGACAGGUGUUUUUAAAAUGCUUCUUUGGAUGUAUUUUAAGGUGGCUAGUCUAAGAGAAUAUACCUCUUCAGUUAAUACUGAAGAGAGUGGCUUAUAUUUAUAACUUUGGUCAUUUGCAUAGAAAUAUAUACAUUAGCUUCUUAAAUAAGUUCUAUAUGUCUCCAUGUAACUGUGGCUCAGAAUAUGUAAUGUGUAGCUAUAAUCAUGCUCGAGGCCUAGAAAUAAAUCAUUUACAAUCUUCUUUACUGACCCUAUUAGAUUUUACUACUGAUUUAAGAAGAAUGUUACUUUAUACUUGGUAUUUAUUGCCAGAGUUUUCCUUAGUCUUUUAACCAGACAAAAUACUUUGUAUGUCCUAUUAUAACAAGACAUUCUCUUGUCGUAAGAGUUAUCAAUAAUUAGCAAAAAUAUGGUGCCUUUUAGUCUUUAUAUUUUACUUUGCAUGUAUCAUGGACCUAUGGGAGAUAAAUCAGUAAACACCACCUCUAAAGUCAGACUGCUCUGGUUCAUCUGUCAACGGACCCUGAGCUGCAUAGUUUGAGUUUGAUGAGAAUUUUAGUUUUAUAAACUACUCCAACUAUAAGUAAUGUGUCAUAUUUGAACACUGUUAGACAUUGCCACAUCAAAUAUUGAUUUCUUAUAAGUAGAAUCAAUAUAUUAAAUCUAUUUACAAAUUUUACAAUAAUAAUGCAGAUACCAAGAUACACAAUGGAGAUGAGAGACUGCCCAUAAUAGAAGAACCAAAAUGAUUUCAUUCUUUUAACUCUAAUGCUUUACAUGGGUGCUAUAAAUUCUAUGUACCUUCUGCAUUGUUAAAAUAAAUUUAUGAAUGUACUUUA